UAUAAACAACGCGCGCUUCAACACAAUUUUGCUGUUGGAAUUCCGACUUGCCAAAUUAAAUGAUUCUUGAAACUUGUAUUAAACUGCUAAACCUAAGUGCUUAACAAGAUGAACACUACGCUCGAUUCCACGUGUCGGUUGUGUUUGCAGACGUGCGACUUCAACAACCGUUUGGAUGAACGUAACUUUCGAGAGAAGGCUCAGGACAUCUUGGUCCUUCAUCUUAAAGUUGACGCUGAACACAUUUCAAUAGUUUGCGAAGUCUGCCAGGCGCAGGUUGAGAGUUUCUUCCUCUUCAAGCGAAAUUGUCGUCGGAACGAAAAACUUGGCCUAAAUCUCAAACCAACAGCUUAUGCUAUUGCUGCUGUUUUAUGCGACCCUGAACCUUCUCCCCACGAGGUUGUCUCUCCGAAAGAACCAAGUCCGAAGCCUUACAAAAAGGGGGGCCGCCGUUACAGAAGAAUCACGGACCGAGUUUACAAGCGGAUCACGAAGGAACAGUUGGCCACGUGUACCCGGAAGGAAUUGUACAAGGAGCGGUACAGCAAGAUGUGCGAGAUUUGUGGCAAGUCACUUAAUAGUAACUACGUGGAGGAUCACAUGAACCGGCACCGAGGUGUUCGGCCGUAUCCUUGCAAUGCGCUCGACUGCGGCGCAAAGUUUUGCAGUUCAAUGGCACUCAGGAGCCACACAGCACGGCGUCAUUCCGACGGGCGACACCCGUGUCCGCAAUGCAGCAAGAUAUUCACAAGUACCGUGGCUCUUCAAACGCACAGCAGGCAACAUGAAGAGAAAACAAUAUUCUGCGAAAUUUGUAACCUAGGUGUUCGUAUACCAUCGGCGCUUAAAACGCACAUGCUAGUGCACACCCAGCAGCGCGAUCACAAAUGCGAAUUCUGCGGGAAAGCUUUCUACACCAAACAUGUGCUUGCGCUGCACCGGCGAUCUCACACGGGAGAGCGACCUUUUGCUUGUCACGUGUGCGACUUUAGCCAUGCACACCGGAUUCUGUACGUGAAGCACAUGAAGAAGAUUCACCCGGGGGAGGCAAUUCGAACGUUGGCAGAAAUUCAACGGAUGGCGAAGGUUCAGCAAAGGAAUGCGACGGGGGAGUAAUAAAGCGUUGGAACCGUCUUGUAUAGCUAUCCGUUUUUUUUUUGUAUUUUCAACCUUUCCC